CCCAACAUGGCCACCGAAUGUUUGGCGACUUAUAAAGUUUUGGUUUUGGGUGAUUCAAACGUCGGAAAAACAUGCAUAGUGCACAGAUACUGUGACGAGAAAUACUACGAUACUUACAUUUCCACUAUUGGAAUUGAUCUAAAACAGAAAAUUGUCUAUUUGGAUGGAACUCCAAUUAAAAUGCAAAUUUGGGACACGGCAGGUCAAGAAAGGUUCCGCACAUUGACUACAGCCUACUACCGAGGGGCUAUGGGUAUACUACUUAUGUAUGAUGUUACAAGCCUCGAUUCCUUCAAUAGCCUUCCCUACUGGCUACAAAAUAUAAAGGAGAAUGCCUCUCCCAAUGUGGUCAAAGUUUUGGCUGGAAACAAAUGUGAUAGUGUCAAACAACGAACUGUAGACCCAGAAAUUGGGCAAAAGAUAGCAGAAAGUUUUGACAUGCCUUUCUAUGAGGUGUCUUGUAAACAUAACAUCAACAUUGACCAAGUGUUCCUAUCUCUUGCACGACUCAUUCGGGAUCAAACGAGUAAACAGGGAACAGUGAUUGACAGUGGCCAGGAGGAAGAAAAGGAGAAAGUUGAUCUGAACAAACCUCGCCUGGACCAAGCGCUCUGGAGAUGCAACUGCUAGCCGCUCUCACUGUGGAACAGACAUGAUGGGACGUGUUGGUGGAAACAAAGAGCACAACUAUGCGAGGCUGAAAAAACGGCACUUUUCUUAUAUUAAAUAUUUGUUAUUAGGCUGUGGCAACAGCAGAUACUAGGGGUAUAUUGGAGAUGUACACGAGAAAACAUAAAGCUUAUUUUGGACUGUCAAAGGUUUAAUACCACAGAUGACUGUGUAAGUUUUUGUUGUCAUAAUGGUUUGGAACCUUAUCUUAUGAAGGCUCACCUACGACCAGGAAACGGAGCGAGUGCCGUUCUAUUCUUUACCGGGGGGGGUCAUAAACUGUCAAAACCGUCAGGUAGGCCCGAGUGCCGUUUGACUCCGCAGAGCGUAAGAGUGAUUUAGGCGAGGGGUAUUGGUGGAAGGGGGUGUAUUGGGCAGGAUGUAACGGAGACCGGGUACAAUUUCUUAACUGGGCUACCCUAAUAUCGAUUGAAUUAGUAAACCUUUAUAAAAAUUUUUCAUAAUCAGCAAGUUUGGUUAGGUUAGGUUAUAGUUUCAUU